AUGGCGUCUUCUUCUUCUUCUUCUUCUUCAUCUCUUUCCUUCCUUCUCGUUGUAUCUGUCAUAGUUAUUUCUGCCAUUGGAGGAGCGAAUGCAAGACCAGGCCUCCAUUUCCACCCCUGCAAUACCCUCUUCAUCUCCUUCACCACCAUCUCCUCUUCCUCCUCACCCGACGAUCCCAACCGUCCAUCUGCCAUCUUCGCCCUCUACCGCCAAGAAUUCAGCCGCUUCGAUCCCGCCACCUUCCGCCCGUCUUCCGAUCUCCUCAUCGACUCCGUCCGCCCCGAAUUUCCUCGCCCUCUCCACUUCCGUUCCUUCCCAGACGUCUCUAUAGACGAAGCCAAGCCCGAGCCCCAAAUUCCCCGCCCGUCCUUCGGCGUCAGCUCCCUCCGCGAGCGCACCAAGGACAUCCUCAGCGUCGUGCUCGCCCUCCUCUUUGGCGUUGGCUGUGGGGCGCUGACAUCGGCCACGAUGUACUUGGUGUGGUCCGUGGUGACGAGCAGGUAUGAGGGCCAGGAAUCUGAUGGCGAGGAUGGGGAGGAUCAUGUGGUGUCAACCAAGAUGGGGUACAUCAAGAUCCCGGCUGCGCCUGUCAAAGAAGGGUAUGAGGGGAAGUAG